CACAGGUUUUCCAAUAGGAUUCUCUCACCAUCAUGUCUUGGCUUGUUGAUCUUGCUGGGAAGGCAGAGGAUCUUUUAAACCGAGUUGAUCAGGGGGCUGCAACAGCUCUUAGUAGAAAAGAGAACACCAGCAACACCAUAUAUAGCAAAAAUACUGACUAUUCUGAACUUCACCAGCAAAAUACAGAGCUGAUUUACCAGACUGGACCUAAACCUGCUUAUAUUUCUUUGGCAGCUGAUAACAUUCAAAAUAAAAAAGCCACCAUCUUAGCUGGCACUGCCAACGUGAAAGCAGGAUCUCGGACACCUGUGGAGGCCCCCCACCCUGCUGAAAUUGCCUCUGCUCCUAGGCCUUCAUCCCAGUUUGUGCGAAGAAAAAAGUCGGAGCCUGAUGAUGAACUGCUGUUUGAUUUUCUUAACAGUUCACAGAAGGAGCCCACCGGGAGGGUGGAUAUCAAAAAAGAAAAGGGCAAGACUCCUGUCUUUCAGAGUUCCCAGACAUCAAAUGUCAGUUCUGUGAACAACAGUGUAACCACCCUCAAAACUGCUGAAGACAAUUCUUUUGGGAACCCAACCCGUGAAGCUGCCAAUAAUUCAGAUUCUGGGACUGAAGUCCAAGAGGAUUCUUCAAAGGCAAAUGCAUCAUCAAAUGCUGCCUGCAGUGAUUACGACCCAGCCCCUCAUGAUGAUAGUAGAUCCCAUGAACUGUCUAAUCUCCGACUGGAGAAUCAGCUGCUGAGGAAUGAAGUUCAGUCUCUAAAUCAGGAGAUGGCCUCAUUGCUGCAAAGGUCCAAAGACACUCAAGAAGAAUUAAACAAAGCAAGAGCAAGAAUUGAAAAGUGGAAUGUUGACCAUUCCAAGAGUGAUCGAAUGACUCGAGAACUCCGAGCCCAGGUGGACGACCUGACUGAAGCUGUGGCUGCAAAGGACUCCCAGCUGGCUGUGCUGAAGGUCAGACUCCAGGAAGCCGACCAGCUGCUGAGCACUCGCACAGAAGCGCUAGAGGCCUUGCAGAGUGAGAAAUCUCGAAUAAUACAGGAUCACAGUGAAGGUAGCAGCCUGCAGAACCAAGCUCUGCAAACUCUUCAGGAGAGACUGCAGGAAGCGGAUGCCACCCUGAAGCGAGAGCAGGAGAGCUACAGGCAGAUGCAGAGUGAGUUUGCUGCACGCCUUAAUAGGGUGGAAGUGGAAUGCCAGAAUUUGGCAGAGGCACUUACUCUGGCAGAAAGGAAAUACACAGAUGAGAAGAAGAAGGUUGAUGAACUGCAGCAGCAAGUCAAGCUGUACAAGUCAAACCUGGAGUCCUCCAAGCAGGAGUUAACUGACUACAAGCAGAAGGCUACUAGAAUCCUCCAGUCGAAAGAGAAAUUGAUUAACAGCUUAAAGGAGGGCUCCGGGUUUGAGGGCCUGGACAGCGGUGCUGUUAGCAGCGUGGAGCUGGAGGAACUGCGGCACGAGAAGGAGCUACAGAGGGAGGAGAUGCAGAAACUGAUGGCUCAGGUGCAGCAGCUCAGAUCUGAAUUACAGGAAAUGGAGGCCCAGCAGGUUAAUGAAGCAGAGUCGGCAAGAGAGCAGUUACAGGACCUGCAUGACCAAAUAGCUGGGCAGAAAGCGUCUAAGCAAGAGCUGGAGACAGAACUGGAGCGACUGAGGCAGGAAUUCCACUAUAUAGAAGAAGAUUUGUAUCGAACCAAAAACACAUUGCAAAGCAGAAUUAAAGAUAGAGAAGAAGAAAUUCAAAAACUCAGGAAUCAGCUUACCAAUAAGACUUUAAGCAAUAGCAGUCAGUCUGAGUUGGAAAGCCGGCUCCAUCAGCUGACAGAGACUCUCAUCCAGAAGCAGACCAUGCUGGAGAGCCUCAGCACUGAGAAGAACUCUCUGGUCUUUCAGCUGGAGCGCCUAGAACAGCAGGUGAACUCCGUCUCUGGAAGCAGCAGUAAUGGGUCCUCUAUUAACAUGCCUGGGAUCGACAAUGGUGAAGGUGCACGUUUGCGAAAUGUUCCUGUUCUUUUUAAUGACACAGAAGCUAAUCUGGCAGGGAUGUAUGGGAAGGUUCGCAAAGCUGCCAGUUCAAUUGACCAGUUUAGUAUCCGUCUAGGAAUUUUCCUCCGAAGAUACCCCAUAGCACGCGUUUUUGUAAUUAUAUAUAUGGCUUUGCUUCACCUCUGGGUUAUGAUUGUUCUGUUGACGUACACACCAGAGAUGCACCAUGACCAACCAAUAUAGCAAAUGAACUGCAUCCAGGUGUUGCGAUGAUGGUUAUCUCUUUCUAGACUUGGGGUCUGCAGAUAGGCCCAUUGCCUAAAAUUACUGAGAAGGGUGCACAAGAUUACUUUAUCACUACAGGCUUUUAACUUUAAGUUAUUAUACAAGUAUUCUGCUACUUAAAUCUUCCUCUUAUUUUCUUUGAAUGGUAAGAUGUUCUAAAAUAGUAAUUUAACACUCUCAGCUCUGCUUUUUUACUUCAGUGGUCCUAACAUGUAUGUAUAGAUAGAUGUGGGGUCGUUCACCUCUGUACAGACCAUCCUGUAUUUUAAGUGACACUGAUUAUGGGUUUUAAUCAGGGAAGCUAAUUGUAUUUAGUGAUAAAAAUAAAAAGUUUUCCUUUUUGAUAAUUCAGUCUGCUUUUGUAUUUUCAUAUAUUUAACUUUGCAGAUAGAGAUUUACUUUUUACAUGUUAAAGGCCUUAUUGGUGUAAAUCUUUUUAUUUAUAAAUACAUAAAUAAAA